AUGUUAAGUGACGUCCACGAGACAGGAGCGCACGUCGCCAGCCACGUGACGGGCCUCAGGGGCCCCAACCAGGUGUCCAGUUCCCAUAUGAAUAUCCUGGACCAACGUCACGCUGGACACCCUGACCAUGGACUGCUCGGUUGUGACCGACGGAGACCAACUAUCCCAGGUGUUCUCUUCCUCCUUCCCCGUCACCGCCUUCCACCAGCUGGUCAUCACCCUUACCACAGGAUCCUACGAGAUGGAGUCCUAGGAAGCGUCACAUUCCGACGCUUCAAGCGUGCACAACGGAGUCCUAGAGAGUGUGGAGGACAACGCCCUUUCCGGAAGCUUCCCCACAGCAUUUUCCCUCCAGUUCUAUCACAACAAUCUAUUGAGCUUCCGCACCUCGAGUCCUUCACGAAGCUCACCCUGCGAGACUUGGGCUUCAACAACCUGCAGGCGUUUCCUAAUGUAUCCUCGGACAGCUUGGAAACGUUGCACGUGAAUAUGAACCCUCUUGGGUGCUUCCUGUGGCAGCCUUCGCCUCCACACCUUUCCUCUCCAGCGUCUACCUGCAGGAGACAGCUUCGGGACAUACCGUCAGUAUUCCCUUCAGGAGUCUUUUCUGGGCUGGCAUACCUGAAGGAAGCGUACCUCUUCAGGAACUGUUUGAGGGAAGUACUGGAGCUGACGGUGGAGAUCAACCCUGCCAUGGGCGGGGUCAGUAUUCCUCAGCAUGUAAUUACCACCUUCGCCGUCAACGCCCUCCCAGGAGUGAGCGAGCGGGGAGAGCUGCUGGUCAACAGUCUGACGGAGGUACAGCAGGUGGGGUGGCGGCCCCGACGGGAGGCUGGGGUCACUCUCUUACAGUAUGGUAACCCGAAGCUGUGAUGUAGCUGCGACAUCGCCUGACUUCUUCGAAACCGGACCCUCUUCGGCCUGGUAGACCCGAUGUUUACCAGGUGCUCGGACUGCCAGCUGGUGGCCCUUCUCGACCCCGGCUGACUUUGACCAGUGCUGACUUCUGCGGGUGUUGUACUGAUGUCUGCGGGUGUUUUAAUGAUGUCUGCGGGUGUUGUACUGAUGUCUGCGGGUGUUGUAACUGACGUCUGCGGGUGUUGUAACUGACGUCUGCGGGUGUUGCAACUUACGUCUUCGGGUGUUGUAACUGACGUCUGCGGGUGUUGUAACUUACGUCUGCGGGUGUUGUAACUGACGUCUGCGGGAGUUGUAACUGACAUCUGCGGGUGUUGUAACUGACGUCUGCGGGAUUUGUAACUGACGUCUGCGGGUGUUGUAACUGACGUCUGCGGGUGUUGUAAUUGACGUCUGCGGGAUUUGUAACUGAUGUCUGCGGGUGCUGUAACUGAGCCAGAUCAUGGAUAAGAUGCAUUGAAAGCACACACUGAUGAAAUAUAAGAUCCGCAGACAACGUACGGUGUCUGCACGGGAGGGGAGGAGCUCGAUGAUCAGUGGGUGACUGAUGGAACACAUCAGUCACUGAUGGGAGACAUCAGCACGCGUCAGUCACCUCCCCAUUUCUCUACCUUCAUGUUCCCCCUCACCCACACCCCCCCUCACAUGCAGCUCUCCUCCCCCCCCCCCUCUUCACAUGUAGCUCUCCCCCCCCCCCUCCUCCACCCAACCCCCCCCCCCCCCCCACUGCGAGUCAUGAUAUUUUACCUUGCAUCCGGAAGCCAAGACAGAAUGUCAUAUAUCAAACAUUAUUAAAUUUCCUCUUAGGAUCUAUCCAGCCUGAGUAUCGCAUGACACGCAACAUCUCCCGAGAUUCCUGAAACAAAAUAUUUCAGACAUCUUGUGUAGGGCUCUCGUCCCCUUGGGAUUUACAUCAACACCACAAAAAAGUGUUGAAAGAACACAAAUAAUCCAUUAAAAACCUCUGCUUGUGCCAAACGUUUAAAAUUAUGUAUUAUUUCUUUAAUUAUUUAUGAUUAAUUAACGUAAUUGCCAAUCUCUUUUUUUUUUUUUUUUGGUGAUUGAUUAUUUGCCAAGCCUCGCACUCCUCCAUACCUCGCCAGGCAGAUCAUCCAGCUAUUAAUUUAAGGUCUACAUCGUAUUGGUGCCCCAAUACCAUUUUCUUUGAGUAUGUUUCUUGUACACAUAUUGAGCUUUCAUUGCUGUUCAUGAUUCUGAUGCUAAAGAUCAGCUUUCACAUAAUAUUUUUAUCAUUUAUUCUUCACAUUGAGUGAAAACCUUUUGUGAUUUGAUUACUAUUUAAUAAAGUUACCUUUCCUUGCGAGUCUUAUCAUUAAGACGGGUUUAGGUAAAUAUUUACUUCAAUAUUUAACAUUUUUAUUUUCGUUCUAACUUUUUAGAUAAUUGGAAAUUGUGUAUUUUGUAGUUUUUACAAAUUCAUGAUGAUUGUGUUUUUCAAUAAUAAAGCAAAUAAACGUGA